CCCUUAUCAAACUUUCCACUCUGUUUCAAUUCAUCUAUUUCCUUCCAUCUUCGAUUUCAUUUAUGACACAUAUAUCUACCACAUACUCCUCGCGAAAACUUCCCCGAAACUAAUAUCCAUAAGCGAACUUCCGACGAAUCGCACCCCAGUGACUCCUUUUAUAAGUGAUCGUCAUCCCUAAUACGACCGCGCAUCGAUCAAACAUAUCCCUUUCGUCGUUUCGUAGCCACCUACGAUCGAAUUGGGAACGACUCAACCCCCAUUCAUCGGAUAGACACGUAUUGCCGCGAAGCUUCGUAUCGACCGAAUUCGAACGCGACAUCCGAUCCGCCUUUCUGUAGCUUUCCGUAUCGAACACAUUUAAAGAUAGAGCCAACGCACGCAUUGCAUUGUCAUAGCCACGAAUUCCGGGUCGUACAUCGUAGCGGGAUUAACCCCCCAUCAACCUCUUGUAACGUCGAAGCGCUUCCAAUCGCACCUUUAAACAGGCCGUGAUCCUCCGAGACUCACAGCGAGGUGCAGUUUGAAGUGCUUUGAACGACACCUUAUCGCAUACACAUGAGUCAUCUACUUUGGAAAUACUAUUGGGAAAAUGACGUCGACAAAUUUCGUCGGCUGCUGGCCCAGGCUGGCUAUUCCCAAACCCCAUCCAAAAGCUCAGGUACGGGAGUAGGUAGUCCUGGUGCAUUCGGAAGUUCUCCGCGAGCUGUUACCAAGUCGCGCAAGGCAUCUGGCUUCGGUCUUACCGCUAUCGCGCCUAAGAAUGCUAGUAGCAGUCUUGGGAAAGGCGAUAUCAAUAGUCGCGAUUACUCAGGCUUGACUAUUCUACUACGUGCUGCCUCGUCCGUUUCUCCGAAUGCUAUCCUCUUUGUUGAAGCACUCCUCGACCACCCUGCGAUCGAUAUAUACAUCCAAGACUACGAAAGUGGUUGGAAUGCCCUACACAGGGCUCUGUACAACGGCAACAUCUCGAUUGCGCGAUUAUUGCUGGAUAAGGAACGAAAAGACUUGACGAGCGCGCUUGGUGGCGCUACUGUCACGAGGGUUGGCCAAUUGAUCAAGACGAAAGAUCACGAGGGUAAUAGUCCUUUCGACGUCUAUAACGCAACUAUCGCGCUACGAACGUUAAAGGUUUCGAAAGAACGCGCAAAUUUGGAAGAGGAUGAAUCCGAUACCGAUGAUGGUUCUGGGGGUGAAGAUACUAGACACCAUGGGAGGUCCUCUGGCCUAGGUGAAGAAGUCUUCACGUUUGGCAGUAACAAUAACCUUACCCUCGGGCUUGGUGAUGAAGACGACCGUCAAUUUCCCGAGCGCAUUUAUUUAAAACGUCCGGACCACUUGAUUCAACACUUCUACGAUCAGUAUCUGGAUGGGAAGAAACGUCAAUCAAAUUUGGAGGACUCCAUGACCCGUGAUUUGUCCGACAUUCCCAUCUUGAUACAAAAUCGCCCUUUGGUGAUUCAGGAUGUUGCAUUCUCUAAGUUGCACAGCGCUAUUCUCACUACCGAUCCUGUGUCUAACCUGUAUGUUUGCGGUAUUGGUCGGGGUGGUCGUCUAGGUCUUGGCGACGAAAAUACUAGAUUCAAUUUCAUGCCUGUUCUAGGUGGGUUGUCGGACAAGAAAGUUAUUCAAAUCUCGCUCGGUCAGAAUCAUUCAAUGGCUGUCACCAAUACGGGGGAACUUUGGACCUGGGGGUUGAAUACGUAUUCGCAACUUGGGUUCCCUCUGCCUCCUCCAGCAAAGCCCGAUGAGGAACCAAUGAGCUUGACUCCUCGACAAAUAUUUGGACCGCUAAAGAAGGAAGUUAUACUUGGAGCAGCCGUCUCUGCUAUUCAUUCUGUAGCGCACACCGGUUCUUCGUUAUUUUGCUGGGGCAGAAAUGUUGGCCAGCUUGCCUUGAUGGAUGCAGACUCUAGAUCCCUUGAGAUCCAGACUAAUCCUAGAAAAGUUGCCGCGACCUUGCUUUCUAAUCACUCGUCGAUCGUCAUGGUAUCGGCUAUCGAGAAGGCGACUUCUUGUCUAUUCGAAGACCACACUGUCUGCGUUUUUACGAGCUAUGGUUAUAAUAUGAUCAAAUUUCCCAGCUAUGAUCCCUUUACAAAUUCGCCACUUCAACGUUCGGUGCAACUCUCGAUGUCGGCUCGCUACGACCCAGGUCGUAGAGAGAUACAUCAAAUCGCCUCUGGUGGUGAAACCAUUGCCGCCGUGACGGGAAAUGGGGACCUUUUCACUAUGGCAGUUAAUCAAAAACCCGUUGAUGGCACCCAACCUGCUUCCUCUACGACCAACCCAUCUAAGAUCAAGGACGCCGUAACGGUGCCCCAGUGCAUCUGGAGUUCAAGAAAAGAUGGCGUCAAAUCUGUCGCUGUUGGAGAGAAUGGUUCCGUUAUGAUCUCUACACAGUCCGGGGCUGUUUGGCGCCGUAUUAAGAGAACGAAAGCGAAAGAUACGAAAGUGCCUGCAGCAGCAGAUGCUAAACGGAAAGAUUUUAAGUUUCAGCGUGUUCCCUAUAUCACCGACAUUGUCGCCGUUAGGAGCUCCACAUUCGGUGCGUACGCUGCAAUCCGAAAAGAUUGUGAUGUAACCCGGGAACAACUUGAAAUUGAUGAACAGACUUUAUGGCAAGAUGUAGCACCCCUGUUCCCGCUCGCCGGAUUCAAGGCCUUAAAUCACAAAGCGAGAGAGAAUAAGGAUACAUGGAAAUUUCAAGAUCCCGAUGUACUAAAGGGUCGUGUAGAUUCGUUGGCAUACGAGGUAUUAACGUCAACCGACCUUGAAGAGGAUCUUCAAGUCCAUAUUAGAGACUGGGGUUUUCGGAAUGACAGCCUCGGGACAGUUGUCCGUGCCGCCGCCUACCCGGAUCUGGCGAUUCCUAUACAUUCCUGGUUGUUGUCGGCUCGAAGUCCGUUGCUACGACUUGGAUUACAACGAUUCAGAGAAACUGGAACUUAUGAAGUCCCGGAAGUUCUCAAUAUCAGCAAGCAAGGCGAUUUGACCAUCGUGGAACUUGUGGGCAGUGUGGAUUUGAUCACGUUGAUCAACUUUGUCGUAUAUAUGUAUUGCGAUAGAGUCAUUCCCGCUUGGAACUUCACACGGCAGUCCAGACCUCUAGCAUACAGAUAUCGUCAAAUCCGCACGGAACUCAUGAAACUGGCCACUAAGCUUGGCAUGGCUGAGCUAGAAGCCGCUGCUAGGACCCAGAGUUCUCCGCCGCGCUCUAUGAAUAAGGAUUUUGGGAAAGCAAUUGAGGAUCCGGCUUUCUUUGGAGAUGGUGACGCUGUCUUGGAACUGGAUGGCGACGAGAUUCCGGUCCAUAGCUCACUGCUUUGCCAAAGAUGUCCGUGGUUUCAAGGACUUUUCAAUGGCCGCUCCCGUGGUAUGUGGUUGGAGAGUCGCCGUGCGGCAUUAAGUGACGCGGACCGCAUUAGAAUCGACAUGAAACAUAUGGAUCCAGAGUCCUUCCACUACGUACUCCGACAUCUAUACGCUGAUAUUGGCGAAGAGCUCUUUGACGACGUCAUCUUGGAGAGUAUCGACGAAUUCUCCGAGUUGGUCAUGGAUGUUAUGAGCAUUGCUAACGAACUCAUGUUGGAUCGCCUAUCGCAAAUCUGCCAAAAGGUUAUCGGCCAGUUUGUUUCUACUCGAAAUAUUUCGACCCUCCUCAACGCGAUCAGUCCUUGUUCCGUCACCGAAUUUAAGGAUAAGGGGUUGGAGUACAUUUGCUUACAGAUGGAGUCGAUGCUCGAAAAUCAUCUACUUGAUGACCUUGACGAAGAUCUUCUCUUAGAACUUGAUGAAGUUGUAAGAGAUAACCAGCUAGCUAGAUGCCCCUUCGCGCGUAGUGGGAGAGCCUACUUGCUUCUUCAUGAGCGUAACCCUGAAUUGGCGCAAGACAUUGAUGAAGAGAGGCAGAGACGGGUGAAGCAAAUGGCGUUCAAACUAAACCACAAGGAUGAUGAGAGGAAGCUAUCGUCCUCCUUCAAGACCCGUUUCGGGAGUUUAGAUGAACCUAACAUUUCGCUAAUUCCGGAUAGAACGAGGAGAAAAUCGAAGGCGGCUCAAAACGAGCCAUUCACACCCGUACUUCGGCCACGCGACUCACAGGCAGACCUUAUCUUCGCUAUGGACGAAGAAGGGUCGCCUGGCGGCUCUAAUCCCGUUUCCCCAAGUGCCAGGCCAGUACAACCUGGCGAGCGGGGUGAUCUAGAACAGUUGCCUACCCUCAAUAGUUCUUGGUAUGAUGCUAAAGGGAAAUCCGUCGGGGAUGCCGCUACACCUAUUGCCACGCCCCCCAUUUCAGCGCGAGAGCCGAAUCUAACAACAGCGAAAUCGCAUACUGACCCUGCUGGGCGUGUUCCGUCGAUAGGCAAUCCUUGGGGUUCAUCGGCGCUCCCAACUUCGCGUCUAGAUUUGAAAGAAGUUCUAGCUGAGUCACGACCCCCUCAAUCGGCUCUGUCCGCAGGAUUAGCGGCUGAGAAAAAGGAAGGGAGUAGCAAAGCCACACCACAGAAACUAUCUCAAAAGGAGAAGAAAAGGCAGUUACAGCAACAUCAAGCGGAGCAAGCAGCUCGAGAGGAAUCGCAAUCUCAACAGUCGCAAUUGCCUUGGGUAAAGGUCAGCGAGAAGAAAGAGUCACCUUGGCAGAAGACUCUGAUUUUACCGAAGGCAUCCUCCACCGAUGCGUCUGAAUCCCCCGCAGGUCCAUCAACAGGUGUCCCCAAGCCAAAGCCACUUCUCGCUGCAGAGACGGGUUCUGAUAAAUCGAUACCGCGACGCGCAGCAUCUCCGGAUACUAGAUUUUCGGGCCAGAGGAGCAACAGUGGAACUAACGCUUCAUCGUCCACUGUCCAGUCCAAGCCACAGCAAACUGCGCCAUAUUCAAAGUCGUAUAUCAAGCGAGCGCCCAAACCAGAGCGGGAAAUGGGCCUCGGCCUCGCCGACAUUAUUGGAGAACAGCGACGUGAACAGGAAGUUGUUCGUGAGGCGGUCGCGAAACGCAGCUUGCAGGAAAUUCAGCAAGAGCAGGCUUUCCAAGAAUGGUGGGACCAAGAGAGUCGUCGUAUGCAGGAGGAAGAGGCAAGGCGAACCGCCCGUGAGGAAGGCAAAGAUAAGAAGAAAGACCACGGAGGCGGGCAAAGGAAUAAUCGGAACAACAAAUCAAAAGGAAAUAAUAACAACCGGGGCGGUAAUGGUGGAGGUGGUAGCGGCGCUGUUGCAGAAGGUGGCCCCAGUUCCAGCUCUAGAGGACGAGGACGCGGAAAUAGAGGCAGGGCGGCAUAAUAGAUGGCGGUUCAUCGGAUCUGGUGAGGUUAAAGGUACCUAGGUACCUACAGUCGCCAAUGCAUACACACGGAGUUUUGGUGUCAAGUGCAAUACACGUAGUAGGGCGCUGAUCGAGAGCUAUUUGUCUUUAUUAGCACUGUAGAUAUAUGUGAAAUAGGGAGGAAUUGACAUCGCACUGCUCAUAACGUAAUACGGCGUCCGAAUAAGCACAAAACCGCGAUCGUGCCAAAACGCCGUGCGACUAAUAUGGUGGUG